GAGGACCUAGGCGAGGGAGAUGUCCAUCCUGAGCAACCUGCUAGUGCCACCAGUCCCGACACCGCCGACGAAAAAGACAAACUGUGUGAAGACGAUCUGACUGCUCCCGUUGAUCAUGUACCAGUUCCUGAUCACGGUUUAUCAGCAAAUGCAGAGAAAGGAGAUGAAAGUUCCACAACAAAACAAGCUGCAAAGUUGAAAACCAAGAAAAAGAAGGAAAGGAAGUCAGCCGAGCAAGAUGUUGAUGCUGAUCUGGGCACGAAGACUGGAGGAGGAGCCGCAAGUGGCAGCAAAAUGAAGAAAGGGAGCAAGCACAAAAAUAAAGGAGUUCUAACUUCUUCUGGAGAUGGUCUAAAAAAAACCUCAAAUGGCCCCAAAGCAUUAGUUGGCGUCGUCGCGCCCAAAAAAAUAGACCAGCUUCCGGAACUGUGGGUACCUCAUGCGGAGGCGAUUCAUCUCGAUGACGUCGUGAUCGUGCGUUGUUUGGGCUACUUCGGUUGCAUCAUCACCGACCAGCGCGUGUUGCGUUCGAUCGAGCAGUUUCUGUUGGCAAAGAUCAUUUACGCUGAGCGGCAGAUUGCAGAGAUGGAGGGUGACAAAAGCGUGCUCUAUGACUUGAUGUGGCAGGAGAUUCCGCCACUGCCACAGGGAGAACACGAAACCUCUUCUUGUGCUCACCUUGAGCGGGAAGAGGCGUCGAAAGGAAGCCGCAGUGGGACAAACACUGGGGGGAACGGCAGCUCAAGCAGCGCAGCGCAGACCUCUGCUAGCCACUCGCAAGGCGAGAAGAGUCGCAGCACCAGCAGCAGCAGCACCAGCACCAGCAACAGCAGCACCGCGGGUUCGCUUUCGACAGAGAAGACUUCAUCGGUCGUAACUACAGUAAAAGAAAAAACGAGGCAGUCGGGCGGGGCAAGUGCAUCAAGUGACAGCAAGACUAAGCAUGGUGAUGCCGAUACGCGUGAUAUCAAAGAUGAAGUUGAUGCAGCAGAGGAAAGCGGAAUGAAGAGCAGCAUAACGACAAAUAAUACGCAUACAGGAGAUGAAGGGAACACCAAGCAGACAAACAGGAUUGCUGCACCAGAGACUGGCGGCGCAAAACAGGCUUCUGAUGUCGUCCCCCCUGCUCGCCCUGUAGUUACGUCUGUAGCUGUAGGAUCUAGCGCGAUAGGCAUCUCAGAGAAAGGUGAAAAUAAGAGUCUCCGCAUUCGGGACGUCUACAAGGUCCUUUGGAACACUGUCGGCGCUUUGGG